GAAUUUAGUGUCUGUGUUCGGGACUGCAGCAGCUCCGCUGGUAUUCCAGGAAUGUGUUGAUCAUGGCGGCCGCUGUGAAGCCCGUGAAGAGCGGACUGCUGGAGCUCCGCGUUACCGUCGAUCACUGGAUCCGUGUGCUCGCGACUCUCAGCGAAGACUCGUUCACCGUGAGCCCCGGAGAAUGCGCCGAUGAGUCGGUCAAGCCCUCGUCUCCCGCGGCCGGCGGGGCGGUUAACGGGGAUCCGGCCAAUCUCAGCGCCUCCCCGGUGCCGGACACCAUCACGAACGUCAAGCGGACGGUCCGGGUCACCAAACAAGAAGUCGGAGGGCUCGGCAUUAGUAUUAAAGGUGGGAAGGAGAAUAAGAUGCCCAUCCUCAUCUCAAAGAUCUUUAAAGGACUUGCAGCUGACCAGACGGAAGCUCUUUACGUGGGCGAUGCAAUUUUGUCAGUGAACGGAUGCGACCUAAGAGAGGCUACGCAUGACGAGGCCGUUCAAGCAUUGAAGAAAACAGGCAAAGAGGUCAUUCUGGAAGUAAAGUACAUUAAGGAGAUGUCAGCGUUUUUUAAGGGCGGGUCAACAGCAGGACCCCCGGUGCUUGAUUCCCCCCCAACGACCCCACAGAAGCAGGCAGACCCUGCUCUUAAAGAGACCAGGACCCUUCUGCUCCGAAUGUGUCAUGUUACAUGCAAGCAGUGUCCCCCUGAUACAGAGGACAGGUAUUUUGAGGUUGUAUCGUCAGACAGAAAGAAGUCUGUGUUUUUGCGGGCUAAAGAUCACGCCAUGGCUCAGGCCUGGUAUAAUGCCAUACAGAUCGCAAGUACAGCGUUACUGCCCAGCGCAAUAGCCGAGCUAAAAGCCAUGAAGCCCAACAACGACAUCAAACACAUCGGCUGGAUCAUCGAACAGGGAUCAGAGCGGCCGAUACUGGCAGUAUUGACGGACAGGGAUCUGCUGCUGUACAGCUCUCUACCAGACAGCAAAGACACACUCAACAAUCCAGAUAAGAGAUAUCCAUUAAUUACCACUAGGUUGGUUCACUCCGGACCUGGUAAGAGUUCAUCGCUGCACGAUUCAGAGUUGACGUUUGGCCUGCGUUUGGGCACUAAACAGGGAGUGGAGACUCAUCUGUUCAGAGUGGACACGGCUAAAGACCUGUCUACCUGGACACACUUACUUGUGGAGGGCUGCCACAGCGCCGCAGAGCUUAUACAGGAGGUCACUACAGCAUGCAGCUGGAAUGGGAAGCCAUGUAUGUUGAGCGUGCACAUAGACAAAGGCUUCUCACUCUUCACUGAAGAGGCCGGCGUGAGAAAAAACAUUCUCCUCCAGCAACCGUUUGAGCAUCUGCGCAUGUCUUCAGAUGACGGCGUCCGUAUGAUGUUCCUCGACUUUGGAGGCCCAGAAGCAGAGAUUCAACUUGAUCUUCACUCUUGCCCGAAGACCAUCGUCUUCAUCAUUCACUCUUUCCUAUCGGCCAAAGUCAAGCGGCUAGGCCUGUUGGCAUGACAACCAGCACUCGGAGACCAUACCUCCACAGGUCAGACACCAAGAUGACAGGAGUGAAUGGUUCAGUGGACCACUGAACAUCAAGCCAGACUUUCACCAUAGACUGCCACGGGUCAGAGUUCAACCACUGAAUGCCAAAACAAGCUAGCAAAAAAACAAAACAACCUAAAGCCAUUGAAGGAAACGUUUAUCUCUGUUUUUCCCAUAGUUCUGGCCUUUUAUUGUUUAUUUGUUUGUAUUUCACCUUUGCAUACAACUUAUUGAAUGUUUAAAAAGUUAAUCACCUAAUCAUGCAUUAUAUAUUGUCGGAACUGCAACAGAAACAAAGCAAGAUAUUAGCUUAAGUCCAAAACUUAGUGAGCUGCAUUGCUGCCUACUGUCUACAUAGGCAUCUACCUUCUUAGACCCAAACAUACUCUACACAAGUAUGUGAACACAGAUGCUUCUAGCUACACAAGAUUGAUUUCAUGCACUGUUGCGUUUCGAACAGUCAGAAUGAAACACGUAAUUCAACGCAAGUACACAUUACAUUCUUUUGGAACUUGGAACUCGUCUUCGCAUUGAAAGCCUGCCUGCAAUGCCUUAAAAUGCUGUCUAGAUAGGAAGCACACUAAGUGUUGGAACAGAACUAUAAUUUACUUUUUUUUGUUGAUAUUAUUCCUAUUGUAUGAUUCUGUGAAAACAACAGCUGCUUUUUUAAUGAAAAGGGCUUUAACGUUCAGCAGCUGAGAGCGAUUGUGGAAAUUAAAACUGUCUAUCAGCAUCACUAACACAAACAUUCACCACAGAGCAAGUAUUAAGGAAAAAGUUCUUAAUGGGUAUCUCUAAUUCGACUUUUCCGACUUUAACUUUUUAAAGACAUGUUGUCCUUCAGAAUUUUAGCCAUUAAUCUAUACAUCUCUGAAGCUGUGAAAAUGAAAAUAUGAACAGGACGAACAGAACAAAUCUUUACAAAAAAGUACUUUAUGCAGGGGCGUAGAUUUCGGGGGGACGGGGGAGGUAACCCCCCCCAAUAAUCAAAACAAGCAAGUACAACCCCCACCCCCCCCACCAUUAUUUAUACCAUAAUCAAUGGAAACAUGUAAAUGCUUUACACUGCAACCUCCCCAAUGUUCAAGUCAAAUCUACGCCCUUGACUCUAUGAAUACCAUAUUCAUAUACUAUGGUAUUAAUAUGGUAUUUCAAAGAUUUUGGUAUUACCGUCAUGGUUUUGACCCAAAAAACAAAACAAAAACGUAGUAAUACUUUUUUUGUGUGUUUGUUUUGUAAGAGAAAAAUAUGUCUCAAAAUUACAAAUCAAACUCUGGCUUGAGAAUUGUAUUUCAGAUUUAUAAUUUAUAACUGUAGAUUGAUCUUGGAAACUAGGAAAUUUAAUCUGUGAUUUUCAUUUGUUUAAUUUUAAACAGCAGAAAGUUACACUUCAUCUGUUGGCAAAAAUUAACAAUACUACAGUCCUUUUCAUCCUAUAUCAUGCUAAAAACAUACUAUUUUCUUUUCUUUUUUUUUCUAUAUACACAGCUGCAUUUAAAACUGAUGGUUUGAAGUUCUGGCAUCUAUUGAUUUUUUUUAAUAAUAUGUCUUGGUCCCAAUAACAUGGUAAUAUGCAAAUGGUUUCUGCUAAAAGAGGUACUUCUAAAGUCCCAGCUUGGAAAAUAUGGCCUUUAUGUGGCCCCUUUUUUUAAACUACUAAAUUUUAAUAUAUAAUUCAAACUAAACUAUAUUCAAACUGUGUUAGCUAUCAAAUGGAAAAUCAUACUAUAUCCUUAUUUAAACAAAAGAGUGCCUUUUAGGAUUGUUUGUAUAUAAAAUGGCAAUAAAUAUAACUGUUGACUUCUA